AUGAGUGAAGGAACAAAUAAGGCGUCAUUUCUUAUUAUUGAAGAUAAAAAACAAGACUAUCCUAAGGUUAAAGAAAUAGGAGAAGUGAAAAAAGGAUUUACACAUAAAGUAGAACGUAGUAAUGUUCUUUCAAGAGCAGAACUCUUUCUACCCAUGUUCAAAGAAUCAAAUAAGUAUGUUAAACAAGGGGAAUGUGAACCAGAAAUUCAAGAAAAUCACACAGGACAAGAAGAAAAGAAAGAAGAGAAAGAAGGAAAAUGUUAUGUAGAAAUGAAUGUUGCUGUUGGGAUAUUAGAAGAAAAGAAGAAUGAAGAAGAGAGUUCGGAAGAAGAAGAAAAGAUGAUAGAAGAGCUUUGA